AUGAGCGGCAUGAUAGAUGCGAUCGCUACCGGCUUCGGGGGCGAGAAGUGUGGUCAGGUCCUAAGGGCCAAGUCCGCUACUCGGCCACUAUGGACCCUGGUUCCUCUACCCCUCUUCCAGGUCGCACCCGCCCGCUCCCUCCCGCAGACAGUACACGGUCCGCCUAAAUCCCUCUCUAGCAUAUGCCUCGCCAAAAUCUCUCGGGAAUUCCACCACUAUACCCCCUCGUCCUUCGGCAACGUCUCGCCGGUCCUGCUCAAGCGGAUCUUUGACCGGGUGCGGCAUGACCGCGAGUACGAUCAGUACGAGGACGACGCGUCCCGGCCAGACGAGGCGACCAUCUGGGCGCUAUCGCUCCUCACAGACCCCGAGGCGGCGGCGGCGGACCACUCGCUCGCCCUCCCCAUCGAUAUCACACUGCAGCAUCUCACUCCCAAGCCGACAUUCGCCAAUCCCCUACACCCCUUUAUCGGGAUCCCGAAGCUCUACGCCCAACUCCAACCGGAUACGCGAUACCAGCUAAUCACCUCGCUCCAUCUUGACGGCAUCAAUGAUCUGGUCAAUGACCAGAAUAUCAUUUCGCUCAAGUACGCAACGCACCUCACGGUACUCCGGAUGAUUGCGUGUCGGCGGGUCUCGGAUAGUGGGGUGCGAUUGCUAGCAGCUGCGCUGGAGCUACCGGGGAAGGAAGGGGCCGAGACGGGCAGAGGAAUGUGGAGGUUGCGCGCGUGGUACCUCCAAGGGUGUAAGGGUGUGGGGGAUAAGAGUAUGCCUCUCUUGGCGAGAUGGCCGGGAUUGUUACUUCUCGACAUCCGCAAUACCUCCUGCACGACCUCGGCUAUCAACAUCUUCAACCGCCAGACCGAAGCCCUCUUCCCGCACAAACUCGCCCAUGUCCAAAUCUGCUCUCAAGGCCUCUUCCCCCUCUUCAACCCAGCUACAUCCUCAGCGGAGCUCGUCACCCACCUCUCGAGAUCGCUCUUCAUCCCCACCACCGCCCGGAACAAGCAGCCACGUCCUCAUCGUUCGCUGAACCUCCUCCCGGCCUACAUCCCCAUUGCACCAGAAUGUCUGCCCAACUACCUCGUCACUACCGCGGCUCUACCGAGACAUACCCCCGACUCGGACUUUUCGACAUACCGCGCCGGCGGGAUUGGGCAGGUGUACGGAGGUGGCGUCAGGAACAUUGAGGACAAGGUCCAGGCGCUGAGGAAAGAUGUGAAUACCGCGCUGUACAUGCAAGCGCUGGAAGAGGGACUGCACAAGGAUCCCAAGCCGGAUAAGGAGGACAGGUGGUGGGAGAAGAAGGACAAGCCGAAAGGUAAGGUUAUCAAGACAAAGAAGGGAGAAGCCGGCGCCGGGCCCGGGUCGGAUGAGCGGAGCAAGCAGUUUGCGGCGGGUGGCCAGGCCAAGCCGCCCCCGCCGAAUGAUGGGACGGUCAGGGGCCAUACCAAGUUGAUGUUGGUACGAGUGGCGCAGGAAGGGUGGGAAACGCUAUCGUGGAAAUUGGGAGUGGGGAAUGCGGUCGCGAUAUCGUCCGAACCGGCCCCCGCUGCCUUGACAAAACGGAAGAUCGACCUUGUCGGGACGCUGCUGGGCUCGAGCACUACUGCGCCCCGCUCUACGCCAGCUUCAGGUUCUGGCUCGUCUCCGCCUAUACGGCCCAGCACAGCCCCUCGCGGAUCUAUGGCAAAGAAGCCAGCGGCACCACCGGCCAAAGCGAACCCUUUCAGACCGACCGCGCCCGCCAAACGCCCCGUUCUCCCCACUACAUCCUCAUCCUCCUUCACAUCCUCUCAGCCCUCGGCAUCGUCGUCACGGACGUCGCCGUCCUCCUCGCAGAUGGCGCCUGCUCCGCGGGCGGGCAAUCCCUUCGCCACGCCAAGUCAGCGGCCGAAUACCUUUGGCGUCAUCCCGCUGUCUAGCUCCCCGGCUGGACCGGCUAGUAGCGAUGCGGACGACUUUGCGUCGAGCGGGAAGAAGCGGAGCUGGGGUGGAGUGGCGGAGGAGAGUACGAAGAGGAGGGGGAUGAAGAUGUUUAGUGGGGCACGGAUGUGA